AUGUUCUUCUUACUUGUUUUAUCUUCACUUUCCGAAAAUAUUGACAACGGAAAGGGUAUAUAUAAAUCAGUCCAAAAAGGUGAUGAGAAGAAAGAUGCCACCUUUAAAAAUCCAGAUAAAAAUGUUUCAAUCAAUUUGGGAAACGUGAAAGCUCAAAAUUCUCUUCAAAAUGUAAAAAAUAUAUCUCAAAUAAACGACAACGCAACUGAUUCCGACGAAAUUGAUUUAGAAUUACUAAAUCGCGAAAUUGUUAGAAAAGAACGAAGAGAAAGAGAACAAAAAUUAAAAGAAAUGAACCUAAAUGCGACAAAUAACACAAAUACACACGAUUCUAAACCAGAAAAUUCAUCAAUCGAGUUCGAAAUUCCUUCAAAUGAAAAAACUACAAAUAAAACAGUAAAAAAUGAAAAUACAAUGAUGAACAAAAACGAAUCUUUGCAACAAAAUGAAAAUUCAACAGAGAUAAAAUUAAAUGUCGAAAUAAACAAUGGAAACGCAACGGAAAUCGUGAAAAGUAAUCAUACCGAGAAACAAGAAUCCGACAACAAACUACAUCUUAAUGAAAAAGAUCAAGAAAAAGAAAAUGAAAUUAAUAAAGAAAUUAGCGAUAUUAUUGACGAUAAUAAUCAUAAUGCAACAGCUGAAAAUAAUGAAAACGAUCUUAAAAACGAUCCUGUGAAACUUAAAAACGAAACAAACUUUGAAUCAGAAAUAAUCAAAUCUUUAUUGAACGAGACAAUUCCUGAUCAACAAAAUGAAACAGUGGCUAACCUUACAAAAGCUAAUUCCACAAAAUUGGCAAAAAAUAAAAUUGAUAUUGCGAAUUUCAGACCACUUGAAAUAAUUCAGGACGAUGAAGUAAUGAAUGAAACAAUACAGCAUGAUAACAUGACUAAAAAAGAAGAAAUCCAAAUUAAUAAGAAUAAUGAAACAAUUUCAGGUAAAAAACCAGAAGAACACCUCAAGAAUGACGUAAAAGUUAAUGAAACAGAGAUUAGCAAGUCUUCUGGAGCGGAAUACAUGAAGAAUACGACAAAUACUGAAAUUAAACAAGAAAACACAAUCAAAAUCGAAGAAAUUGUAUCAGAAACCAACAUAACCAAUGAAAACAUAACUGAAAACGCAACAACUACAAAAAUUGAAAAUAAAUUAAAUAUUAGUGAAGAAAAUUCCACAAAAAUCAAGUCCGAAAAAUCACAAACGAUAGAAGAGACAAAUUCAACUAAAGCGGUCCCAGAAAAAUCAGAAAUUAACGUUUCUCAAAUUCAAACACAAAACGAAAGCAUUACAACCAUAGAUGAAUAUGCCGAUAAUGGAAACAUUACUGUCAAGGACAAAUUAAAUGAAAAACCAAAAGAUAAAAUUAUCAAAUCCCAAAAUGAGACAAAAAUCGAAGAAACAAACAAUGAAACAAUGAUUAAAGAAGAAAAUAAUACAAUUGUCCAAGAAUCAAAGGUUAUUUCGGAAGUAAAAGAGAAUAUUUCCGAAAAUCAACCACAAAAGCAAUCAGAUGCUCAAAACACAGAGAAAACGGAUGUAACCGAAGAAGGUACAUCAAAUGUUACUCAUUCAGAAGAGAAAAUACAAGAAAAUCCAAAUAUUACAAUUUCGGAAGUAGAAAAGGAGCCAGAUACACAAGAAAACAUCAAAUCAAACAUUACAGAACCAGAGAAAUCUUUGAUUGAUCAUUCAGAAGAAAAGAAUUCAGAUAAUAAAAAUAUUUCAGAAUCAAAGGUCGAAAAACAAUCAGAAACACAAGAAAAAGAGAAAGCAGAUGAAAUCAAAGUAGAAAAAUCCAUUGUUGAUCAUUCCAAAGAAACAAUUUCAGAAAAUAAAAAUUCGUCAGUUUCCAAAGCCGAAAACAAAUCGAGUGAAUCCCAAAUCUCGAUUUCUAAUGUCUAUGAUGACGAUAUUAUCGAUUCAAUAUCAUCAUCUCCAACAGAUAUUCCAGCUCCAAAGGAAGUUAACCUUGGCGAGUCCUCAGUUGUUGAUUCCACCUCAACGACACAUUCCAAACAGGUUUCCACUGACAACGAGUGCACACAACCUUGCCAUCAAAACGCGGAAUGCAUCAGAGGAAAAUGCGAGUGCAAAGAAGGCUAUACAGGCGAUGGAAUCAAAGUAUGUACAGAUGAGAUCCCGGAUGUUGUGUCUUUAGAUCCUUCUUCAGGCGAUUCAAGCGGUGGAGCUGAAAUCCAAAUAACCUUGUCAAAAAUUAUUACAACAAAACACUCUGUUUUCGUUAGAUUUGGCUCUUCUAUUGUCCGCGCACAGUCAGCAGUACAGAAAGUUGUUACUGUUGUUGUUCCUCCGCAUGAAGCCGGUGAAGUUCCCGUCGCAAUUUCUUACGACCAAAAGAGUUGGAGCUCUAAAACAAAAUUGUUCAAAUACACACAGGAAGGAAAUAACGGAAAGUUCGGAUUAUCCUUCAAUGUUGUUAUAAUUGUUGUUAUUGUUGUUGCUGCUGCAAUUGGAGCUGCUGUUUCAAAGUUUAAGUCGGGAAAGAAGAAAUCUAAACCAGUAAUUUCAAUAAACUCCCAAUAUGAUGAUAAGGAAACAGAAGACUUUGAAAGGCAACCUCUACUUCCUAAGAAGAGAUCUCAUCAAGAUUAA